CAAUGCCAUCAAGGUCCAGCUCCAAAACCCCGAGACUUGGGGAAAGGGAUUGGAGGGGGAGAGAGGUAAAUGAGGCAAAGUUAGAGAGAGAGAGAAUGAUUUCUUCAGUCUAAAGAGGUGGGUUUGUUCUCCUCUCUCUCUUCAGUCUAAAGGGGUGCGUUUGUUCUCCCUCUCUUUCAUGGUGGGUUCUCUCUAUUAUAAAGAGGUGGGUUUGUUCUCCCUCUCUCUCUCUCUCAUGGUCAAAACAGCAAACCCAUGAACCCGGUAUCCCAAAAGAAGCAUCCAAAAGGAACCCAUAUUUUUCUCUCUUUACUUCCCUCUCUCAUUCAUCCUGUGUUCACCACCCUUUAACCAGAUCCCCUCUCUGACACCCAUUUGAAGAUCUGCCCUCAAAAAGCCCAAUCCUUCUGUGCUCCUUAAUCACAUGGCCUGUCACUAGCUGGCUUUCAAGUCCAAGGUAUGCAUUAUCAGAUCUCCUGAACAAACUCCCCCAAUUCCCGAACUUGAACCAAAAACAAGGGAUUUUUCCCUCUGAUUCCUCUGUCCUCUUAUCUCUAUCAGCCCAUACGCUGCCCUUACUCCUCAAAGAUUCUCAAAGAUUUCACCAAACAAACACCCCCUGUAUAUAUAUUCUGUUUUGUAUUGAUUUAUUUGUUCUAUCAAACAAGAGGUCGAGGCCUUUCAGAGACUGGCUCUUUUCCUGAAUUGAGUUUUGGAAAUCUUUCUUUUCAUUCAAUAAUUACAGAGAAUGGCCUAAAGAUCACUCCUUUUUAGGCAUAUCUCUUUGUUGGGUUCUCUGAUUUUUCAAAGAAGAGAGUUGGGUUUCAGAGAUUGGGUCGAUUUUGAAUUCGGUUUUGGGCAAACCCAUUGGUUGGGUGCUUACAAAUGAGAAAUGGUAUGUGGGUUUUGGGAGAUUCAGGGAUCGAAACAGAGGAAUUUUGUCAGGGACGAUGAAGAUGGUUGGCUCGUGCUGGAAACCUGCAGUUGUAGAGAGAUUUGUGCGCAAUUCUAAUGUGGAUGGAGCCUCAGGUAGAUUGGAGGGGCUCUUAUGGUACAAAGAUUUGGGCCAACAUGUUAAUGGGGAGUUCUCCAUGGCAGUUGUUCAGGCCAAUAGCUUAUUAGAAGACCAGAGCCAGGUUGAAUCAGGGCCUCUGAGCCUGUCAGAAUUAGGUCCUCAUGGGACUUUUGUGGGAGUUUAUGAUGGACAUGGAGGACCUGAGACUUCCCGGUUCAUCAACGAUAACCUCUUCCAAAAUCUCAAGAAAUUUACAUCAGAGCAGCAGGCCAUGUCAACCAAUGUUAUACACAAAGCAUUCUUGGCCACAGAAGAGGCAUUUCUCUCUCUAGUUAAAAAACAGUGGCUCACUAAGCCUCAACUUGCAGCAGUUGGAUCCUGCUGUUUAGUUGGUAUCGUUUGUGGUGGCACUCUGUACAUCGCGAAUCUUGGGGAUUCGCGUGCUGUUCUUGCAAGAUCGAUAAAAGCUACAAGAGAAGUAGCUGCUAUCCAAUUGUCUUCAGAGCACAAUGCUAGUAUUGAAUCUGUGAGACAAGAAUUGCGUUCCCUGCACCCAGAUGACUCACGAAUUGUGGUUUUAAAGCACAAGGUCUGGCGGGUGAAGGGCCUAAUACAGGUCUCCAGAUCCAUAGGGGAUGUGUAUCUUAAAAAAGCCGAAUUCAAUCGAGAACCUCUGUAUCCAAAGUUCCGACUAUCAGAACCGAUUCGAAGACCCAUACUUAGCGCAGAGCCUUCAAUAACAACACAUACAAUUAGCGCACUUGAUCAGUUUGUUAUAUUUGCAUCAGAUGGACUAUGGGAGCACCUUAGCAAUCAGGAAGCGGUUGACAUAGUCCACAACCAUUCGCGAAGUGGAAGUGCAAGAAGACUUGUCAAAGCUGCACUCAGAGAAGCAGCUAAGAAGAGAGAGAUGAGGUAUUCAGACCUCAAGAAGAUUGAUCGUGGGGUACGCAGGCAUUUCCAUGACGAUAUCACAGUUGUAGUUUUGUUUCUGGACCCCUAUCUUGUUAGCCAAAGCUCCAUUAGGGGUCCAAAGUCCUCUUUAAGAGGUGGUGGUGGGGUCUCCAUACCAACCGAUUCCCUCUCCUCUGAUGCUACAUAGUAUUGGAAGUUUUUUGAUAUCAUUAUUCGCCAUGUAUCAAAGAAAUUAUUAUUAGUAUGUACACUACUAACAUGGUUCUUCUUUCCAUCAGAAAGUUGAGCGGGUUGAAGAAUAAGAGUUGCUCAGCUUUCUGCCAUGGAAAUUUCGUUUUUGUAAAUUGUAUGCAAUGCAGCCCAUUUUGCCUCCAAAAAACUUGGGUCAAUUGCAGCUCCAUUCUAAUGGCCUCAGGAGUGAUAGCAACAAUGUGUAUGCUGCUCUUUCAUUCAAAGAUCCUUGCUUUAAGGGUUCUCUUUUG